UCGGCGAUUUGCUUCUAGAGUGCGGCCUUUUGCUUUGCUUCACCUUCAGUCAUUAAGGCUUCCGUGCAAGGGAAUCCGCCGGGAAAGCGGGAGCGAAACACUUGCUUGGAACAGGUCAGAGACAAAGGAUCGCAUCCGUCUGGAGCAAUCCGGAUUUGCUUCCCCGGAGGUUGGCCCAGCAUCGAGAGGCCUGGGCUUGCAAGAUUUUGCCGAGAAGCCCACGCUCGGAUCUCGGUGGCAGGCUGGCUUCUCCCGUGGUCUCAAGCUCCUUGUGGGGACGAAUGGCUGCCGUGGACCCAACACAGGACCCUGUGACCUUUGAGGAUGUGGCUGUGUAUUUCACAGAAUCUGAGUGGGCUCUGCUGAAUGCAGGGCAAAGGGCUUUAUACCAGGAGGUCAUGAAGGAGAAUUAUGGGAAUGUGACUACCUUGGCUCCAAAGCCAGAGCUGAUCUCCCGACUCGAAAAUGGGGAUGUGUUCUGGGUGCCUGAUCAGCAAGAAUUUGGAGCAAAAGGGAUCCAGCGAGACAGUGCUUCGGUUGAGGGGUUGCAUGCAGCAGCUCUGAAGAAACCAUUAGUUUGGGAGCAAACCCCCAGUCCGUCUUUCUACUCACCUGCGUUUUGCAGAGCAGGUUAUGAGCAGGUAAAGGAGGAAGAAGAGAGCUUUCUGUUUGUAAGACCAAAAGUGAUGACUUUGCAAUGGAGUGAAGAGACUGCUUCCCAGCAUAGAAAGAAAGCAGAAAGCUUUGGACCAAAGAAGCUGCAGAAAACACAUCCUUGGAAGGAAGCCAUUCUUUGGGAGGAAAGCAACAAGGAUCCUAGUGAAAUAAGAGUCCAAGAGAGAAGUCACCCUGGUGGGAUACAAGAGGUGCAUACAGAAGAAGGCAAAAGCUAUACCCGCCCAGCACCACAACCACUUAAGUGCUUUGUUUGUGGGAGAAUCUGCAAUCACAACGCUGCUCUUAUAAUACACUUGAGGUCUCACACUGGAGAAAAGCCGUACGUGUGUCCUGACUGCGGGAGACGGUUCGCUUGCAGGGGAAAUCUUAAUAGACAUGAAAAAGUCCAUUCUAGAGAAAAACCAUAUGCAUGUUCAGAGUGUGGGAAAAAGUUCCUUACUCAAGAACAUCUUACGAGUCAUGAAAAGUUCCAUUUAGGAGAGAAGCCAUAUGUGUGCUCAGAUUGUGGGAAAACAUUUACUUUUAAAGGGAAUCUCAACAGGCAUGGGAAAAUCCAUUUGGGAGAAAAACCAUACACAUGUUCAAAUUGUGGGAAAAAAUUCAUUGACAAAGAGCGUCUUAUUAGACAUGAAAAAAUACAUUCAGGAGAAAAACCAUAUAUAUGUUUAGAUUGUGGAAAAACCUUUAGUUGCAAAGAAACCCUUAACAGACAUGAGAAAAUGCAUUCUGGAAUGGAAACCUAUACAUGUUCAGAUUGUGGGAAAAAAUUCAAUCAAAGAGGAAAUCUUGUGAGACAUGAAAAAAUCCAUUCAGGAGAGAAAUUGUUCAAGUGCUCCCAUUGUGGGAAGUGCUUCAGAGAGAAAGAAUACCUUAAUGUUCAUGAGAGAAUCCAUACAGGAGAGAAACCAUACAAAUGCCCAGAUUGUGGGAAAAGCUUCAAGUGUGCAUCAAACUUUAGCAGGCACAAAAAAACUCAUGGAGAAGAGAAAUUGCAUUGAUAUUAUAAUUGUGGGAAAAACUUCAUAACCAUCUCACACUUCUCUUACAUGAGAGAAUUCCUACCAGUGAGUAACUUUAUCAGUGUGUUGACUGUGAGAAACACUUCUGAUGCAUCUCUACCCUGAUUAGUCAUUGAAAAAUGCACAAGAAAAAUGCACAAUCAUAUAAAUGUGUGAAGUGUGGCAGAUGCUUAAAGCAGAGUUUAUUUUUGAUUAAACAUCAGAAGAUGCACCUAUGUAAAUGCUCAGACUGUGAGAGAAGUUUCAGCCAAAUUUCAGCCCUUGGAUGAUAUUUUUUUUAAACCCACACAGGUGAGAAACAAUUUUGCACAAUAGUAAAAGCCUUCAUAAUUCACCUGCAGUAGUUAAAUAUGACAGAUGUCACAGACAAAAGAAGCCAUAUGGAUGUUUUGUUAUGAAGGGAAAUAAAAAUCAUGAUAAAAUCAAAA